AUCAUAUGCGAAAUUGCUUUGUGCUCUGGCAACACUGUGCACUUUGACCCCGCCGCCAUUUUAAUGUGGGCGAGCGGCCGACGGAAACGCGUUCGCUAGUACGGCCGUACGACUGCUGAACACCCCCUUCACUGCGCUGAGCUACUGCGAUGGCCACAGCAAGACGUUUCCCAGCGCCCGAACAUGUGAUGUGGACAAACUGUUUAGAAAACUUGCCGCAUAUAUCGAACGACACUGUAUCGGACCUAAUAAACCAGGCGCCGACGUCAUCCAAGCAGCAAACCAAAUCUUAUGCCUUCACCGUGGAAGCGUACACCUUGCCGUCGUCGGUUGUGACCAACGCCUGUGACACAAGUCUCGGGAUUGUCUAUGCACGUGCGACGUGCUACCGAGGCCAGAAGAAGAGUGGCCGCCCAUACAAAGUCAGCUUGGCUGUGAAAAGCGACAUCGGAGCAGUGGCAGAUUCUACUUGUGAGUGCCCCGCUGGGGCUGGUGGUGCCUGCAGCCACAUUCUUGCGGCUCUGCGCCUCCUUGUUCUGCUGAAGCAGAAGGGCUUCAAAGAGGCACCACCAGAGCUUUCAUGCACAGAGUUGCCGCAGCAAUGGAGGCGCCCCCGACGACAAGGUAUCAGGCCCAUGGCCGUGCAAAACGUGGACUGGCGGAGUCCACGUGAGGGUGGCAUGGGCAUGCCAAUGCCCUCCACGUUAGGGUGGCAUGGGCAUGCCAAUGAUGCGCGGGCUGAGGAGCAAAAGGAGCAGCAACACCUUGAAGCGAUCCAUAGCCUGGGAGAGGACCUCCAGAGCCUCGGGACCUUCGACUUUGCUGCCAUUCUCCUUGCUGCUGGGGGGCCGUCAGUGGACACAAAGCUUGGGCCUGCGCCUGCGGGGUCUGCACUGUCGUACCAGCAGGCAAAACUCCCUGCAGGCUUCACUACGUGGAUGUCACCCAGCAUUUCGCAAGGGGCAGCCACCGUGACACCAGUGCCAGCUUUGACUCUGUUUAGUGAUGGAGCCUCACAACCACCCUUGCCCGGCAGAUUCACGGCUGAAGAAUGGAGGGUGUUGACUGAGAUCCAGCUGUCACAAGAAGAAGCUCGGGACCUCGAGCUGAACUCAAGGCAGCAGCGGCUCAGUGAACGCUGGCGACAGGCACGGGCCAAUCGACUGACUGCGUCAACUUUCGGCCAAGUCGUCAGGCGGCAGGCAUGGACGGAGAAGGGCCUCCGUAACCUCAUUGAGCCGAAGGACCUCACGCACGUCCGUCCGGUGCAAUACGGCAUAAGGAAUGAGAACAUGGCCAAAGAUAGGUAUAUAGCUGUCAUGAACAGCUACGGGCACAAUGUGUCAGUGCAGCAUUGCGGCCUUGUGGUAGACCCUGUGUGCCCUUGGUUGGGUGCAACACCAGACGGACUCGUGUACGACCCGGAAGAACUUUCAUAUGGUGUGUUGGAGGUCAAGUGCCCCCAUUCCCUGAAAGACUCUGAGCCAGAGGAAGCGAAGAAAAGAAAGUUUUCCUUGGUGUUCGGGGAAAAUGGUGAACCGCAGCUGGACAGAGACCAUGAGUAUUAUGCUCAGGUGCUUGGGCAGAUGGCCCUCACUGGCUGCGUGUGGGGCGAUUUCGUCGUGUGUUCGGAAAAGUGGAUUGGCAUUGAGCGCAUUUGGUUCGACAGGAACGAGUGGGACGAUAUGCGCGAAAAGCUUGAUGCCUUCUUCUUUCAGCACAUGCUGCCCCAUCUUGCCAGGCGGUAAUCAGUGAAGCUUCCAGAUUUCGGCUGCUUAGUGCGCCAAAGCUACACCUAACCUAUGAGGCGUGCUGUAGUGGAGGGCCCCGAUUAACUUAGACCAUCUGGAGUUCUUUAAUUUUUGCCAA